AUCUUCAUCGAUCAAAGUCUUUAAUUUCAUCUAUAGCUAACAAAAGAGUAACAAGUUUAUUUUAUAUUCGAAGAAGAAAAUGGAUUCUUACCAGAACCAAUCCGGAGUGCCAAAGAAGGGGAUGACGGAGAACAUCAUGGAGAAGCUACCAGGCCAUGAUGGUGCUACUAGCACCGGCGGUGUACACCCCGAGAAGAAAGGGAUGCCGGAGAAAGUUAUGGAGCAGCUACCAGGUAAUCAUGGAACUCACCAGACUGGAACCAACACGGGCUAUGGUAACACUGGCGGUGUUCACCACGAGAAGGAAGGAAUGACGGAGAAAGUUAUGGAGCAGCUACCAGGUCAUCAUGGAACUCACCAGACUGGAACCAACACGGGUUAUGGUAACACUGGCGGUGUUCACCACGAGAAGGAAGGAAUGACGGAGAAAGUUAUGGAGCAGCUACCAGGUCAUCAGGGGUCACACCAAACUGGGACUAACACGGCUCAUGGUAAUACUAAUGUCGUUCACCAUGAGGAAAAAGGUAUAGCUGAAAAACUUAAAGAGCAGCUACCAGGUAAUCAUGGAACUCAACAGACUGGAACCACUGCAAAUCAUGGUAAUAUUGGCGUUGUUCACCACGAGAAGAAAAGUACGAUUGAUAAGAUUAAAGAGAAGCUUCCCGGUGGUCAUCACUAAAUUUGUUUAAGACUAUUAAGUCUUUGUGUGGUGUAAUAAUAUGAUGGUGUGGCUUUUCUAUUUUAAAAUAAAAUAAAAAAACAGACUAGUUAUUAGGUGGUUUUUAAUAAAGCAUGUUAUGCAGUGUUUCCUUUUGUUGUUUCGCUAACUAAUAAUGUAUGUAAGUGAUUGUGUUGUUGAAUUAAUAUAAAGUAUUUACUAUU